AUGUCUUCAACAUCCAGUGCUUCACUAUCCAACUUGAGGUUUGACGCAGAUGGUGAGCCGAACUCAAAGAUUGAAUUAGGAACGAGGAGAAGAGCCCUUUCCAGAGCAAGCAUCUCGGGCAAUCCUGGUCCAGCCACAGCGUCUGGUGCAAGCCAUCUCCGCAAGACGUCCACAACGACAUCUACCGUUCGGACUCCACUCCGCCAACGAGCUCCUUCCGCUGCAUCUUCUUCGACCUCGUACACCAGCCUAUUUUUCCUGCAAGACCCGCGUGAGGUAGGAGCUUCUGGUUCCUCACGCAUUGCCGACCUGUUACAGGAUACAUCACAGAAGGGCCUCGAAGACGUUUUGCACAGUCGGCUAGUGGAGACCUUCAUCACCAUAGUUCUGCCUUCUAGUCUGUCAACCUGCGAUGAUCUCACACCGAAAUCUGGAGUUUCUGCGAAUACAUCUCGAUCUCCGCCUGUUUCUCCAUUACCGCUGGGCUCCAAUAUGGUACAAAACUCGGAGUCACUCUCAAAGACGUCAGGCAGGCGGAGCACAUCUAUUGAUGGAUCAGGUAAACCAGGCCAAUCUGGACCGGCGACGCCGUCUAGGCUACAUUCAACUUCGGGCACUCCUAGAGGUAUCAUACCCAGCAUGCAUGUCAAAUCGGCAUCGGCAUCCUUACCACGCGGCUCUAUGUCGAAAUCGAAAUCUAUCUCUUCUCCAUCUGCGCAUAGACAGCGUUCUCCUAUCCCGGCGCCAUUUAAAUCGAUUCCAACGAAGACCGAGGAUACAUUCAUAUCAGGCAGUACGUCUCCCGGAACACCGUCCUCACCAAGCCUGGCGGACAUAAAUCUAGAUGCGGGAUACCCAGUACCAGACUACAUUUCACCCAUACACAGACCUUCUACAAAUCCCUCUUUCCAAUUCGACGCUAGAUUCGGUGGUGAGUUCACACAAGAUGUGGACGUGAGCCAGUCGCGUAUGCAUGUUGAGGUAUGGGGUCAUGUCAGGCGUGGAUUAGGAUGGUCACUGAGGAAAGGCGAGAAUGGGAAAGGAAAGGGCAAGCAGAAGAUGCAGGACGAUGAGUUGGAGCUGGAAUGGAAAGUGAUUCAGAGUUGGGAUGUGGACUUGGAAGAUUUGAUUCCAUUGCCGGAAACGCUCGCAGCUCAUCCCUCGCAACUUCCUUCCAACACACUGCUGAUAACCUUGUCUCCCCCGGGUCGGACAUAUUACCUCCCGCUGCCCUCGCAACCGGAUUCCCCUCAUCCGCUCUCAGCGGACAUUGGAUAUAGCUCUGACCAAGAAUCUGAGAUCAAGAAGCUCAAGGGCGCAGGCGAGAUCAUCCUGCCUGAGCGUCGACUUUCCUCGCACAAAUUCACUGAUGAGCCAGAGCAAGAGGAGGUCAACACUGGGGAAGAAUAUAGUGCAUCCAGAAGGAGGGGGAGGAAGAAGACUGCGUCAUGGCAGGAUCUCCUCCGGCUAAUCAAUCUGCAGGCCUGUAUUGUUGAUACUCAGCAAUCUCUUUCCGAGAUUGUGCGAGAGAUUGACAAUGUCGUAACACAGUCAGGUGCUGGUCUACUACGUCGUGAGCUCUCAGAGCAGGAGGCAUGGGUCGGACAAUUACAUUGUGAGGCGAAAUUGCUCCGCGACGAAUCGGAAACGGUGAAGUCUCAACUUCAUGCCCGAAGGGAGAGACUACGGAAACGCAGAGAGAUGCUCGCACUAGCGCGUGAGGCAGACGAAUCGGAUUCGCGUCUGGAGUUUGAACAAGAGGCGGAGCUGGUAAAUGAGAGAGUGCGUCUCGAGGACCUUCGCAGUCAAAUUGCGCCCAUGCGCAGCGUCCUCCUCACGACACUGUCAUUUGUAUUUCCGAUUGAACUUGUCUCGCCACCCGACCUUCUGUUUACCAUCCUCGACGUUCCAUUACCAAUUCCGCUCGCUCCCACAGAUCCUGCACCACCGUUAUUAGUGCCUGCCCACAAGGAUGUUACAGAAGAGGCCGUAGCGACUGCUCUAGGCUAUGCUGCACAGGUUGUGCAAUUUCUCGCCGCAUAUAUGGGGAAAGGCCUAGUGUAUCCGGUUACCUGUGUGGGAAGCAGAAGCCUGAUCAGAGACGGAAUCUCGGCGAUGGUUGGGCCGAGGAUGUUCCCUCUAUUCUCCAAGGGAGUGGAUACAUAUCGGUUUGAAUAUGGUGUAUUCCUUUUGAAUAAGGAUAUUGAGAUGCUUAUGUCCGAUCGAAAUUUGCGUGCGUUGGAUAUGCGACACACACUCCCUAACCUCAAAAACCUCCUGCUGACACUUACUGACAAUGAGAGUACACAAUUACCAACCCAGCGCUUUUCGACUGCUUCGAGUGUUUCGAUUUCUUCGUUGCAAUCGCCUGUGCUCACCGCGUCUUCGCUUCCAUCUACAGCCUCCGAGCCUCCGACAGAUCCCAACUCGGAGCAUGAUGGCUUGCCUACCGCCGCCUCCCAUCCGCCUAUAGACGAUUCAGAGUCGCCGCCCCGAAGUGGUUCCACUACACCUACAACUGCCUCUACGCGCAGGUCGCGUGCCUUCCUCGACCUUGCUCCUUUUGCUGGCUUCUUGCGCGGACGUUAUCCUUCGAGCUCACGGCCGUCUGUGCGCUCAGUGCCGGAAUCGCCAGAAGGCGCUCAGGCACUCGCUCCGAGCGCGUCUACUGUGCCCUCCACUCCCACCGUACCGCGAGGUCAGUCUGACGCCGCAGAUGACAGCGGUGAGAAUGCGGAUGACGAGGACGACAGGCGAACAAUCCGUGGACGCAGCGAGGCGCCUGACGUUGAGGAGACUGAGAGCGAGGGAAAGGUAGAGGUGAGUGGUAAUGGACAUGCUGCGCCUGAGGCGAAUGGCGCGGCAGAGAAGAUGGUGGAUCAGCGCGAUACACCACCUCUUGUAAACGGUGUAAGCUGA